AUGUUCCAGCAGGACUUUGUUUUCGACUGGACUUUGCUCAAAUACCAACUCAAGAGCAGCGGCACCGCAGCAACGAUAAACACGGGUGGAAAUGACGCCGGCGAACCAUUUGUUGAGCAGCCUGACUAUCAUCCAAUAAGCCAACAAGAACUUCAAACAGAAGUGGCAAAUAUCUUCACCAGCUUGUGGGACAAGAAUCACGAGUCGAAACAGAAGCUUGCCUUUCUGAGGUCGGCGUAUUCAAAGCUGACGGCUAUCUACAUCACGGUGCCCGCUUCCCAACCAAUCUGGGUUGAGUAUCUUCACGAACUCUCCAAGCGCGGAGCAGAGAUUGAUUAUGAUAACGAUCGUCGUAAGGCUUGGGAUAUCACUUCUCAAGAAUGGGCCAAGGCAAGCGGCGCAUAA